AUGUCUAAACAAUACUUAUCCGAAGUUGACUUCCAGCGCAUUCGAAAAUUAGCGGCGGAAGGAAUCCCGCGUGAGUCGUUAGCUAAUAUUUUCAAUAUUAGCAAGGUCACUCUGUGGCGCAUUAUUAAUGAUAGAACUGUUCCUAGAAAUAAGAUAGGGGGACCAAAACGGUCCACAAGUAAGCAAGAUGACGAUUUUAUUCGUCGUACAUUAAAAAAGUUUCAUUACAUGCCCAUUGAGGCCAUUCAGCGGGAACAUCUGCCGAUGUUUUCUAUGAACAUCAUAAGAAAAAGGAUGAAGGAAUUUGAACUGCAGCGGCGGAAGGCCAUGAUUAAGCCAUAUUUAAGUAGAAAACUAAUUAGAGAACGGCUUUUAUUUGCUAAGAAUUAUAUUGAAUACAGAUCUUCAUUUUGGAAGAGCAUUUUCUUCUGCGAUGAGGUUCUAUUUUUAGACAAGCCUACGAAGUCGCUCCAAACUGUCAUAUGUGGAAAGAACUUCCCAAGAGAACAUACUACACCGACGGCAACAUUCAAGAACUGUCGGCGGAUGAUGGUUUGGAUGGCGAUUAAAUUCGGUGAGCGGCCUGUCUGGCGGUCAACAUCAGACACCAUCAACAGCAAGGUGUUCAUUGCAAUUGUCAAGGAUGCUUUCGGCUACAACGGCAUAAGUCGGCGCCGAAUGGAUACUGUAAUUUUGCAGGACAAUGCACCUGUCCACCGCUCUAAAGAGGUAUGAAUUUGAGCCGCUUGCAAACAUAAUCUAACAUUUUAGACAACAACCACGCUCUCCGCAAUUGGCCUCCAAUCCAUUUUCAUCCCGGCCAACAGUCCCGACCUUAAUCCAAUCGAAAAUCUUUUUGGAAUAGUCAAAAGAAAUUGGCACAAAGCUAAGAAGUCUCUUUCAAUGCAGGAAAAAUUGGAUUUCAUACUCAAUAAUUACAUUUUACAAUCCACCAUAGAUAACCUUGUCAUGUCUAUGUCGGACAGACUUUCUGCUGUUAUUAAUUCGAAUGGACAAUCUACAAAGUACUAAUUUUUUGUAUCUGUUUCUGUCCUUAAUUAUUUUUGACCUUUUAUGCGCCCUCCUCCUUUAUACGUCCUCAUACGUAGCCUUUAUUAACUUGGUUGUAAUAUAGGCGUUUCUCGAAAAUGUGAAUUUUGUCGAAAAUUAUUUAUUUUUAUCUCAGUAAAUAAUAUUUUCUUAACCAAACUUUGCUUUAUUUCUUUGGCACAUCGUUUAUUUUCCGCUAUCAGACUUUGGGAGCCGUAGUGUUUACCGAUUUUGCGUUAAAGGCGUUAACCUGUGUUAAUUCGUGACAUUUCAUGAGUUAGCACAGGUACUGUAUAUAUCUUAAAACGUAGAGUGAUCGCGGCACUUGUAUGCCCUGCACAUAAAGGGGAAAACCUUUUGUGAAGUUUUUCUGUGUGUUAUGGGUGUAUUUGAAAUAAAGAGGAUUUAUUUGAGAUCAUAAGCAAGCUUGUCAAGUAGGCAGAUAUAAAUUAUUAGGAAAUAUAAUAAGCCUUCUGGUUGUAAACAUUUCCAGUGUUUCACUUACUUUCGCUCUCAUUGACCCCUCCGCCAGUAUUUCGGGUGCUGCCCGAAAUUAUUAACUUUGCACUUACGUCUCUGCAGAUUGAUUUAGGCAAUUAAAUGACAGUCCAUAACACUGUUUUGAAAUGUUUACUUCGGUAAGCAAAUCAUCGUUGAUAGUCAGCAGGUUUGCCGGUGAUUUUCGAUACUAAGACAAUCCCAAUUGAGAUUGCCGAGAUUAAAAUGCUGUGCAGACCUGCUCUGCUACUCAAGGAAACUUUUAUUGCAUUAAACAUAUUGCGUGCAGCAAUAUAUAGUGCUGAAAUGAAAAAGGGUCAUGCUUCUUUACAGGAAAUUCGCUUCAUUCAGGUGAGGCCAUCAUCUUCUUCUUCUGGUCCUCCAAAUCCCUAUAUCUUACCCGUGCUCCCUCAUAUUCUCCUCCAUCUCCUUCUUUGCUUCCCUUUAUUCUUCCUCACCCUCCUCCUCCUCCUUCGCGUUUCCCUCAUUCCCUCCUCCCCUUCUUCUGCUACUUCUACUUGCAUUACCACUACUUCUACUAUUCCUUUAACUCCCUCAAUUAUCAGCUCUUCCUCGUUAUCCUGCUUCCGACUUUACCAUCCGUCUCCUGAGCACCCAUCUUUCAAUUCCUUUAAAUACAACGAUGCCGUUAUCCUUUUCGUCAUCAGCCUUCCCCUUGUUCUCGUUAUACAUCUUUUUUCUUCUCCCCUCCACCCCCACAGACAUCUCUACCUACUCUACCACCCCCCUGUAUUUUCUUUGUCUCCUCACCCUCAUCAUCCUGGAAGAUUUCUCUAAUUCACGCAAUUCCCUUUCUCUUCUCCCCCCUAUCCCCUCCCCCAUGCUCUUUCUUCUUCACUUCUUCUUCCUCUCCAGCCUCCUCCUCUUCUUCCUAAUUUAAUUAAUCUGACUAUUCGUCAUGAUUUCCUGCCUUCUUAUCCUGAUCUGUCUCUACUUUGUUUAACCUCUUCUUCCAUCUGUUCCGCUUAGAAUUUCUCGGCCUCCUUCAAUUCGUAUCAUUGCCAGCUUGCUCCUCCUCCUUCUCCUUCUACUCCUCCUCACUCUCCCCCUCCUCGCCCUCCUCCUCCUGCUCCUCCGCCAUCCCCGCCGCCGUCAUUAUCAUCCUAUUCUCCUCUUCUCCUUCACGUCAUUUCCUGUGCCAUCCCGCCUUUUUCACACACUUCAUCCUCCUAUCCCCUGUAUUCUAUCACCUGCUGCCACUCGACCUUGUCUAG